AUGUUAAACAGUAAAAGUGACUUAAACAGAAAGAUGUUAAGAGAAGACUUUCGUAUUGUGCCUAAAUUUGUGGUGGCUGCAGUGGGAGAUGUUGCAACUUUGGAAUGUGCUCCUCCUAAGGGUCAUCCCGAACCAGCUGUUCGGUGGCGAAAAGACGGUGAGGUGGUAUCCAUCAGCAAAAGUGGCCGCAUCCGAAUUGUUCCUCCUGGCAACCUUGUUAUUUCUGAAGUUCGGCAAAGCGAUGAAGGGCGUUACUCCUGUGUUGCUCAGAAUUUGGCGGGUGUCAGAGAAUCUUUGCCUGUUCAUAUGACAGUACAUGUGAAGCCAUUUUUUGUUCAAGAGCCAGAACAUUUGACUGUCUUAGCCUAUACAGAUGUAUUAUUUUCUUGUAAAGUUGAUGGAGAUCCAAAACCUGCAGUAUCAUGGCACAGAAAAGAUGGAAAACUCCCUGGAGGAAGGCAAGUAUUUUCAAUUUAA